CCCGACCACCGAAAAAAUGGAUCAGUCUUACGGCAGCUCUCGUACGGGAAGUCAGGAAAGUGUUGUGUGAAAUAAGGAGGAAAAUUUUGGUUUCUUCACAUUUUGUCAAGUCAUGGAGUUACCAUCCAUGGUGGAGCGCUCGGGGAAUCACCUGGUGGUGCGCAGCUUGGUUAAUGGCGUACCGCUGUAUCAAACAUCAUUGGAAGGUGGAGAGGAUGUGGGUCUACCAACAACUCAAGGUUUGCAGCCUUUGUUGGGUACAGAUACUCUGGAGCGCCAAUUGGAGCAAUAUAGGGUGAGCAACUUGAUGUAUCCCAUUCCAUUGCCCGGUUCGGUUCCCGUGGGAGCUGCAGCUCCAUCCGACCUGGUCCAAGAAAAAGUGGAAGGUGCACUGCACCCAGAAGGUAAUCCUUCGAACAAAGAGGAAGAGCUACCCCAGUGCAAGAUUCGACGCAACUACAGCUGCAACCAGUGCCCCUUCUUCACCCAAAAUCCUCGUUCUCAUUUGUCCCAUCUUCGCGACGUCCAUGGCGAACGGAUUGUGAUCAACGAGUGCAAGCUCUGCUUAUACGCCUCGCGACAUUUCCAAAAGCUGGUGCGGCACAUGAAAAUGGUGCACGGCUGCUCCGAUGAUGGAGGUCAACUGCGGUGCAAGCGAAACCUCUCGAGGGAGGUGCGCAAGAGACGUUUGGAGGAGAGCAUUGUAAUGCAGGCCGCAGCUGGGCCGUGCCUUAAUCCCAGCCUGCUGCGCAUGCUGCAGAAUGGACCGCCACUGGAGCAGCUCAAGAUCGAGCUGCAGAAGGAGGAACAGCAGCUGUUGGCCAGUGUCCAGGCUUACAGCCGGCAGCAGGAGAUGCUGCAGCUGCAGCAGAUCGUCGACAACAACGAUAACAUCUUCUCCAUGGCCUUUGAGUUCCAGGCCAAGUUGAUGCCUUCGAAGCAACCAGAGUCCCUAAAAUUGGACCAGAAUAAUAGCAGCUCCGAUUCCGAGGAGGCUUCAAAGAGUCCCUCGCCGGAUAAUUUUGAGCUGCCGCCGGGCGAGAAGCAGUUCCAGUGCCUGAAAUGCUCGUAUAGCACCCCUAUCCGUUCCAGAUUUAAAAAGCACGUCAAAUACCACUCCAUGCCGCUGAUCAAGUGCAGCUCAUGUGACUUUCACACACCCUACAAGUGGAACCUCGACCGCCACACCAAAAAUCAUGGUGCCCAUGGACAUUUCAAAUGCUCGGCUUGUGACUUCAGCACAGAUAUCAAGCAAUCGCUGACUAUACACGAGUUAAACCAUCAUGUGCCUACUGUGGGUCACCAAACGGGCACUAGACGCCGGGAUGAUCACCUGGAUCAACAGCCAACUAGCUCCAAGAAGUCAGAAACGGACAAAAGGGGUCCUCCGAUUACAGCACCAGAUUCUCCAGUUUCGAAACUCCCGGAGAUCGUUUGCUCCCACUGCCAAAAGAAGGUGGCCAAUGCCAUCGAAUUGAUUAAUCAUCUGCAAGUGUGUGCUCCUGCUUUGCGGAACACCACUCAUUUACAGGCUGUUCUUAACGGGGAGAUGGAUCUCCAGGAUGAUGACUUGCCCAGUGCUCCCACUGAUCUCGGCUAUUGCGGUGUGGAGACAGCUCCUGGCUAUGGAGAGGUCACUGAGGUCUUGCCAGAGGAAUCCGAUGAUACGUCGCCCUUUAAGAAGGUUUUCAAGUGUCCCCAUUGCACAUUUUGGGCAGCUACUGCCUCGCGCUUCCACGUCCACAUCGUUGGCCAUCUGAACAGGAAACCCUUUGAAUGCUCUCUAUGCGCCUAUCGCUCCAACUGGCGCUGGGACAUCACCAAGCACAUCCGCUUGAAGGCCAUCCGAGACAGGUCCCACAAUCAGGCCCAGGUGCUGAUGAACGAUGAGACUGGGAGGCGCAACUACGCCAAGUAUAACCAGUAUUUGACUUUGAUGAAGGUGAGUGCGGAUCAGAUGGCCGAUUCCAAGGGUAUGCGCACGGGUGAAAUGAUCGCCAUGCCGCCGGAGAAGCUAGCCGAGCAUCAUCCUAUGGACACGGAGGAGAACUUGCUAGAAAGUCUGCUGCCCAUUGAAAUGAUGGACAGUUCCUCUUCGACCUCGGCUCUAGAUUUGAGCAAGCCCAAAGAAGAUCCCCCGAUGGGUAGUAUCAACGUUGACGCUGAGUUGGUCACAAGUACCGACGAUUUCCGCAAGCGACAGGGAGCCGCAGAUACACAUUUUCAAUCACUAACAUUUAAAGCGUUGAAUGUUUCUAUUGGCGAACCAAAAUCCAAAGAGUCUCCUCUAGAUUUGACAAAGUCAGAUGGCGCUCAAUCAGACGAAAUGACAUCCAGUGAUGACUCUCAGGAGUCUACUGAAAGCGAUUAGGUUUAACUAUGGAAGUAC